GAUAGUGUUAUCGGAACCGACUUGUGUAAUAAAAACAAGACCAAAUUGUGUUAAAAAUUUUCGUAAAUGCUGUGAAUUGGUUCAUUUAGAAUUCUUUAUUGUAUCAGAUUUCGUAUUGCAUCUAGGUGCAUCCAGUUAGAAAGGAUUCCCGUCAAAUGAGCCCAAGAAAGACUCUGGACUUGAGACUGGGUUUGGACGUCAAUUAACACAUGCUGCCCGCCAUCAUUUUCCGGCAGGUGCAGCGGCCACUGCAUCAUGGAGCCGCCACAUUGGAGCACGUAUUGGGCGUCGGUGGAAGUAGCUUCGUGAACUGCCUAAAUCGCUAUGCCGCCGCCACGGGAUUUAUCCGGAUCUCGUUUCUGGACAUCAAACGCCGGAGGAACUAUGAAUUGGCCAGGCUGCGCCUUUAUGCCGAUGAAAAAAAACAGUCCCUCCACCUGCGCACCUUGCAGGGUCGCCAUCUCCUGCAAGGCGUCAUCGAAAGGAAGAACUUCCUUGUGGAUGAUAUCCGGGAGGCAAAGCACAAAGUCCAGGAACGGGUGCGCGAGAAGAUCGAUGAGAUUCGGGAAGAACGAGAGAACAUCAUGACCAUACCCAACAUGCUGACCAUCAGUCGCGCCUUCCUGUCGCCCUACAUUGGAUAUGUAAUCGUCCAAGGAGAUUUCACUUUGGGAAUGAGUCUUCUAGCCUUUGCCGGGUUUACGGAUCUAUUGGAUGGACAGAUCGCUCGGAGAUGGCCAUCUCAGGCGAGCAAGUUUGGCUCAUUUUUGGAUCCCAUGGCCGAUAAACUGCUAAUGGGUUCUCUCGUCAUCUCGCUGUGCUACACAGACCUUCUGCCCAUGUGGCUCACUGGCAUCGUGGUCUUCCGAGAUGUGUUCCUACUAGGAGCUGGAUUUGUUAUACGCUACAUAAGUCUGCCACCGCCGAAAACCUUUUCGCGGUACUUUGAUGCCACCCAUGUUACUGCUCAACUAGAGCCCACGCUGCUCAGCAAGAUCAACACGGGAGUGCAAUUGGCCACCAUUGGCUUGAGCUUAGGAGCUCCCAUUUGGAAUUAUUUGGAUCAUCCGGCUUUGCAUGGCCUUUGGUAUCUGACUGGCCUUACUACGGCUGCCACUGCCCUCAGCUACGUGCUGAAUCGGCAUAAUACCUUUAAGAUUAUCCAAAAAAAGACGUAGAACCGGGCAUUUCCGAUAAAGGAGUAAUGUAUCUCCUUAAGCAAUGAUUAGUAUGUAUUGUGUUUUCUAAACGAUUACCAUCUAAAAUUAAAUAAAUAUAUUUUGUUAACAAA